AUGAAUUCUGAAGCUGUAUGCUUGAAACUAGCAUCAAAACAUUUCGAUGAACAAAUUAUUUAAGAAUUAUUAUGUGAUGGAGACAAAACAGAAUUAGAAUUUGUAAAGCAAGUAUGGGAACCUGCAGAAGUGUCAACAUCAGUUUCGAUUGAAUCAUCAGAAAGUUGUGGAUAUGCUAAAAAAAUACGAUUAAAAAAUCAUAUCAAUAAAUACCUUGAUAGUUCAUUGCAUUCAUCAAUGAUUAAGAGAUUAAGGGAAAUACAAUGA